AUGGGGGCCCAGACCAUGGGGCUACAGAAGACAGAGCUCAGCCCCACUAGGCAAGGCCCACAGGUCUGUGUCCCUGACAUGGACGAAUGUCUGAACCCAAAAAUCUGUAAGAGCCGCAGCAACUGUGUCUACACCCAUGGCAGCUACACCUGCACGUGCCCACCAGGAUUUGAGCUGAACCCAGAGGACCCGAAGCUGUGCACAGAGAUCUCCUUCCCCACCUGGAUCCCACCCCCUGAAAUCAAGAGCCAGGGCCUCAUCUCCUUUCCCCAGAGUCUCUCCCACUUCUUUGAAAAAAUCCAGGACCUGCUCAGAGACUUCAAGUCUGCCUCGGCCCAGGACACCAUCCAGGACAUCAUACAGGAGGUGGAUAAUCUGCUGGAGACCCCGGGGGACCUGGAUACUCUGCCUCCUUCAGAGCAGCACUGUGUGGCCACUAACCUGCUGACUGGCCAGGAGCACGUCCUGAGAGAGCUAAGCAAGGCCCUGCCCAAUGGGCCACUGACCUUCAGGACAGCUGCAGGAUCAGAACUGUCCCUGGAGGUGAAGGAGCAAGGAGACAAGAAUGUCACCCUGAGUGUUCAUCAGGCGAAGAUGCUGGUGAACUGGGAUGUGGUGCAGGACUCAGGUGACUCAGGCCCUGCUGUGGUGGGCCUUGUCUCCUCUCCAGGGAUGGGCAAGUUGCUGGUUGAGGCCCCCCUGGUCCUGGAAACUGAGAAGCAGUCAGUUUUGCAUGAGACACACAAGGGCCUGCUGCAGGAAGUCUCCCCCGUCCUGCUCUCAGAUGUCAUAUCUGCCUUUGUGAGCAAUACGGACACCCAGAACCUCAGCUCCCCAGUCACCUUUGUCUUCAAGCAUUCAGUGACCCCGGGGCCAAGGAAGAAGGUGUUCUGUGUCUUCUGGGAGCCUGGCCAGAAUGGAAGUGGUCAUUGGUCCACCAAAGGCUGCUGGAGGGUGGGUACUAUAGACACCAGCACCACCUGCCAAUGCAGCCACCUCAGCAGCUUUGCCGUCCUCAUGGCCCACUAUGAUGUGCAGGAGGAGGAUCCCGCCCUGGCUGUGAUCACCUAUGUGGGGCUGAGCCUCUCUCUACUGUGCCUCCUCCUGGCGGCCCUCACCUUCCUGCUGUGCAAAGCCAUCCAGAACACCAGCACCUCACUCCACCUGCAGCUCUCUCUUUGCCUCUUCCUGGCCCACCUGCUCUUCCUCACGGCCAUCGACAGAACUGAGCCUAAGGUGCUGUGUGCAAUCAUCGCAGGUGCCUUACACUACCUCUACCUGGCCUCCUUCACCUGGAUGCUGCUGGAGGGCCUGCACCUCUUCCUCACUGCACGCAACCUGACGGUGGUCAACUACUCCAGUGUGAGCAGGUUCAUCAAGAAGUUCAUGCUCCCUGUGGGCUACGGAGUCCCAGCUGUUAUUGUGGCCAUUUCUGCAGCAUCCAGGCCUCACCUUUAUGGAACACCUGCUCGCUGCUGGCUCCACCCAGAAAAGGGAUUUAUAUGGGGCUUCCUUGGACCAGUCUGCGCCAUCCUCUUUGUCAAUCUAACUUUCUUUCUGAUGACCCUCUGGAUUUUGAAACGCAAACUCUCUUCACUCAACAGUGAUGUGUCCACCCUCAAGAAUACAAGGAUGCUGACAUUUAAAGCGAUAGCUCAGCUCUUCAUCUUGGGCUGCACGUGGUGUCUGGGAAUCCUGCAGGUGGGUCCAGCUGCUCACACCAUGGCCUAUCUCUUCACCAUCAUCAACAGCCUGCAGGGUGUCUUCAUCUUCCUGGUGUACUGUCUCCUCAGCCAGCAGGUCCGGAAGCAAUACAGGAAAUGGUGGAAAGGGGUCAGGAAAACCAAAACAGAGUCUGAGCAAUACACCCUCUCCACCGGAGCCAUGUCGGACGCCCCUCCCAGAGCACUUCACUAACUGAUAGAGUACCUCAUGCCAAAACACUGGACAACCUGUUUAUAUAGCAGGAGAUGCCAUAGGAUGUCUCCCACUGAAUUUACUCUUUGAUUCCUUAACCAUUAGCAAUGGUCUCAGUUAGAAAAUAUAUAUUUUGCUC